AUGAAUGGUCAACAUGCAACAGACGAGAUGCGCGUAGCGGGCUCGAGCAAGGCUCAUCUCGUCGCAAAUGGUUCUGGAAACGGUGAUCUUCCGAAUGGAGCCCAGAAAAUCGAUCUUCACAUCAUCGAAGAGAGAGCGCACUGUGACAGAACUGUAGCCUAUCUCUAUGAAACCGGCUUCAAGCACGGGAAUUUUUCGGACAUCAAUGUGCAUAUUGGUUCGACUGUCUACCGAUUGCAUACGCUCAUCCUGGCACGGUCGCCCUUCUUAUUGCAUCUGAUGUCGACCUCUCCGUACAAGGACAUGAUCUAUAUCCCAAUAGAUCAGUAUCCAGACGUCACACUCGAGACCAUGGCUAUGGCCAUCGGCUACUUGUAUUCAUACCAGGCAGGCAUGGCGCUCUCUCAGACAAACGCUCGUGCUGCUCUCGCUGCUGCUUGUCUAUUAGGGGGUGUACACGACUUCUGCGAGCGCGCUUAUCACGUCUGCAAGGAUUCAAUUCGGGUGGACACAAUCGAAGAUUGGCUUAAAUGGGUGGAUGACCACUCCUCCCCCUUUCGAUCACACUCCCCAAGUUCCUCUGCAGUGUCCACCCCACGCUCACCGUCCCCCCAAUCUGCGCAAGAGGCGCCAGUUGCAAGCAUCUAUGGACCGUAUGCACAGAUGCUGAGGGACGACGUAUUAGAGUUUUUGACCGUGUCGUUGCCGUCGAUCCUCCUGGCGGAAAGUGAAACGACAAAGGCCGAGGUGGGCGGGGACGCUACGGAGGCAUUGCUUCGCGUAUUUUCGCGUGUUCCGUUUGACAUCUUCAAAACGGCUAUGGAGUCGCCCAAAUUUGUGAUAGGGUCGGAUCACGAUCGUUUCCGUUUCGCAAAAGCUGCUAUCGCCAAACGCAAACAAUUCGCCGGUAGGGGCGCAGAGGAGUCCGUUGUUCUCGCUGUCGGUGAAGGCAAGGGCAACGUUCACAUUACCCGAAAAGUUCGUCGAAAGGCGCUUUGGAAGGUGGCCAAGUAG